UUUAUUAAUUGACUAAAAAAAAGCGGGAAAUUUUGUUGGUUUUAAAAAACAAAUGACAGAUGGCGCGAAAAUAAAUUUAUUUUAAAUUUAGCUGUCAGAUAAAAUGGACGGCGAUGAUAAUAAUGAUAAAAAAAUGGGAUUUUAUUAUUAUUUAAAUAGUUUGGAUGUUAAAAAUAUAAAAAUUGAUUUAAAUAAGGAGUUGAUUGAUAAAAUUAUAUAUUCCGGAACUCGGUUUGGUAAAAUACGAUUUCCGGAGUCGAAAAUAUCAGAGUUUUUUAAUGAAGUAGCUUUAGAUUACCAGAGAGUCGAGUCCAGAUUAAUUUUAGAAAGAAAACUCGAAAAAUAUUCAAAUUGGAAAAAGUCUGUAGUUAAAUUAACGAGCAAAAAAAUCGAUACUGGAAUGAAAAAUUUCGAGGAAAUAAAAAAAAAAUUGCACUUAAAUAUUUUGUAUGUACGGCCAGAAGUUCAUGAUGCACUGAGUCGAAUAUUUCUACUCUGUCGGAAUGUUUCAUACAUGAGUUUAUUUUCACCAAAUCCUGGAUGCUCUUUAACGCUCGAACAAUUCAAAGCUUCUCAACUCGAAUACUCUUCAAAAAUAAUUAAAUACCUUAAAGAACAAUGGGUUCAACAAAUAGUUGAUUCUAUUUUGAUCGGAUUUCGUGACGUCAGCAAAGGGUUUUUUAAAAUAAAUCAAGUAAACCCUCGAGUGUAUGAAGUUAUUAAAAUCAAACGCUUUGUCUCGCUUACAAUACAAAUAAUGCAGACUUCACUUAAUACGCUCAUUAAAACUUCAAUUAGUCAGUACUUAUCGUUAUUAACAACUUCAGAACCUACGCAAGAAAUUUUAAUGCCAGAAAAUUUUAACAUCAAUUUCAUAAGAUCAAAAUUUCUACUCGAGUCAUCAAAUCCCAUUUUUGAAUUAAAUUUAAUAGCCAAUUAUAAAGGAAUUAAUUACUCAAUGAACGUAAAUAAUUUUAUACGGACGUUAAUUUGUAUAAUUGACGAAGUUGUUAUUCAACUGCAUGAAAUUACAAAUCCACAAAUUUUAUUAUUUAAUAAACUAAAAUUCCCGCCUGAUUUAUUUCUCUCCCCUAUUGGACUUAUGGACGAUUCAAUUGUUGAUGUAAAAAAAAGUAUUGAAUUUAUUUAUAGACCGAGUAUUUGUUUAUUGGAUGAAUUUUCUAAACAAUAUGAUGAAUAUAUCGAAUUAUUAAAUCUAGAUAUCGAAAUAUUUAUCAGCGAAAUUCGUGAAAAAAAUUUCGAUACACAUGAAAUAUAUGAAGCAAUAAUUUAUUACACAUCGGAACUCGAUAGUUUGGAUGCUAAAAUACCAGAUAUAUUUUAUAUAAAGUCAUUUAAAAUAAAACUGGAAUUCAAAAAAUUUUUGAUAGAAAAAUAUAAAAAAAUAAUAAACGGUUUUGUCGAUGUACUGACAGCUCGAUGUAGACAGAAAAUAAAUACAAUACUUGCUAAUUACCUUAGUAUUGAAGAUAAGUUAAUUAAAGACUCAGAUUACAUUGAAGAACUAAUUAAAUUACAAAAAUAUAUCGCGGAUAUUCCAGAGCAAAUAAUAAAACUUCGUAAUGAAAUGGAGUUCAUAAUUACCGAGUACGAGUUACUGGAUACGAUAAAAUACAAUAUUUCUGAUGAAGAUUUUGCUAUGAAAUGGGAGGCUAUUGGGUAUCCAUCGAAAAUAGAGGGUCAAAUUGAAUUUGCCGCGGAAAGAAUGAAACGAGAGUUUGAAAAAUUUAUGAAAAUUCAAAAAAAUGACCGAUUGUUACUGGAGGAAAAAAUUAAAGUAUUGACGAGUGACUUUGAAAGGAUAAUUGGCUUCAGUGAGAUUGAUAGAAUAAAUGAAUGGGCUUUAGAAGUCAAACGGACGAGAAAAUCAUUAGAUUAUUGUAGGACACAGUCGCUAAUCCUGAAUCAACGUCAGAGUUUUUUUGAUUUACCAGUCACGUCUUAUGAACAUUUAGAAAAACUUAUUGACGAUUUUGAGCCUUAUGAUAUCCUUUGGACGACGGCCUCAGAUUGGGUAAAAGCUGAAGAAACUUGGCUAGAAAAUCCUUUAAUUAGUAUCGAUAAUAAUCAAUUAGAAAAAUCAAUUGAGGAAAUGGAAAAAAAAAUUUACUAUUGUUCCGAAAUAUUUAAUAAUCAACCAGAUAUAUUAAAAAUAACUGCAUACAUUAAUAAUAAAAUCCAGUCAUUCAAACCGUAUAUACACCUUAUAAAUAUUAUUGAAUUUCCUGGAAUGAAAGAGCGACAUUUUGAUGAAAUUAAUGAGCAUACAGGAAUUCAAAUAUCCACUCCAACAUGUUCUUUGACACUAAAAAAUCUACUUGACCUUCGUAUUAUGGAUUAUAUGGAAAUUAUAACCCGAGUAGCUGAUAAUGCACGACAAGAAUACUCUAUUGAAGAAGCACUUGACAACAUAGCGGUGUCAUGGCGCAAUAUUCAGAUCGAAAUAAUUCCGUAUUCAGGGAGCACUGAAACGUGUAUUGUUAAUAUUUCAAAUGAAAUUAUGACUAAACUUUAUGAAGAUCGAUCAGAAAUUGAGAAGAUUUCGAGCUCGAAUUACAGCGCAAUGUUUGAAAAUUUCGUUAACGAGUGGAAUAUUAGUUUAGAUUCGAUACAGAAAGUUUUGACUACUUGGACAGAUGUGCAAAAAAUGUGGAUAUAUUUGGAACCCAUUUUUAGUAACGAAGGUAUCAGCAGACAGCUGCCAGUUGAGUAUAAAAAAUUCAGUACGGUUCAACGGAAUUGGAGACGUAUUAUUAAAAAAGCACAGGCAAAUCCUUAUGUAUUACAAUUAUGCUCAGAUAAAAAUUUACUUCAACAACUCAAAGACUGCAUUCCUUUAAUAGAAUUUGUUAAAAAGGGUUUGAUAAAAAACGCCCAUGCAAUAGAGCCUUAUGUAAAUAAUAAGAGCUUUGAAAAUAUAAAAACGUUCGAUUGCAAAGCACAAGACCAAGACUAAGAGCCAGAGCCAGACGUAUAAAUAACGAGUUAUUUUUAUCCCCUAAUCGAUUUAUCCCGAAGGAAAUUUUUGAAAUUACCCGGUCGAUGGAAUUACAUAAAUCAACAGCCAGUAAAUUACUUUUUAAUUCCUCAUAUUAAAAAAUUUAUAUGCAACUCAAGCGU